AAAAAACAUGGCGCCUGGAAAAACACAUGUGCAUUCGAAGCAUAAAAACAAACUCCAUACAAAAAGAAAAAGUAGUUCUGGGGUCAAAAAGGCUAAGAAGAGCACCCUUUCUAACAAGCAGUUGAAAGAGAAAACAUUCCAACAGAUUGAAGAAGUUAACAAGAGUUUUACAGCUGUUCAUAACAUAACAUCAAUUAAAAGCAGAACUCAAAGGGAAUCUGUUUCUACAGAAAGGCUAGCACAUGUAAAGAUCAGUAAAGAGAAACUUAUUGCACCAAAUACAAAUGUUACACAAGAAGAGCUGUUAAAGACCGUUGAAGACAUUGCAAACCUCUAACAAUGAUCAAGAUACUGACAACUCAAUCAAAGAUUGUUGUAAACAUUGCAAACCUCGAAGAAUGAUCAAGAUAUUGACAAUUCUGAGGGACUUAUAGGGUACCUGUUCCUUUAUUCAACAAAAUAAUUUUGGUUGAUUACAAAAUUAUGUCUCACCCUACUCUUGAGGAGGUUUGAGUUUACUUAUAAAAUUCCUUGAUGUAAACUUCAAGGAUCCUGUGCAAAUUCUUCACAUAAAAGCAAAGCGUCUCACAGAGCAAACGAAAUGCUAUCGAGUCAGCAAACUAUUCCCUGUGUUUAGAAGAAACACAAAUGACGUAUUUGCUUUCAAGCAAAAAUCUUUUUCCGGGCUGGUCUACACUUUAGUCAUCCUUAUUACCAUCACUGUAAUCAUGACAAGAAGAUAAUUUUUUUUCUCAUAAUAAAAACAUCUUGUUA